CUUCUUUGCACGUUCAAGCGAUCUCAAGCCGCUUCUCUAUCUCUCUCUCUACAUCUCUGAAAUGGCGAGAGUACUGCGUGUGGCGAGAUCCUCCUCCCUCUUCAGCUUCGGAAGCCGAUCUUAUUCAGCCGAAGCUAGCCACGUGUCCUCUCCCCCUCCUCCGUUUCUUGGAGCUCGCAGGGGCUUUACCAAGGAGAGAAACGUGCAGUGGGUGUUCCUCGGCUGUCCCGGUGUCGGAAAGGGGACUUACGCUAGCAGACUCUCGAGUCUCCUCGGUGUUCCUCACAUCGCCACCGGAGACCUCGUCCGUGAUGCGCUAGCUUCUUCCGGCCCUCUCUCCCAACAGCUAUCAGAGAUUGUAAACCAGGGGAAGCUUGUUUCAGAUGAGAUCAUAGUGAACCUAUUAUCAAAGAGACUUGAAGCUGGUGAAGCCAAAGGUGAAUCAGGUUUCAUUCUUGACGGCUUUCCUCGUACCAUGAGACAAGCUGAAAUACUAGGAGAUGUCACUGACAUCGAUCUAGUGGUGAACUUAAAGCUACCUGAGGAGGUUUUGGUUGACAAAUGCCUUGGCAGGAGAACGUGUAAUCAAUGCGGUAAAGGUUUCAAUAUAGCUCACAUCAACUUAAAGGGUGAGAACGGGAAACCAGGAAUCAGCAUGGAUCCGCUUCUCCCUCCACCUCAGUGUAUGUCAAAGCUCAUCACUCGUGCUGAUGAUACUGAGGAGGUUGUGAAAGCUAGGCUUCGUAUUUACAAUGAAACCAGCCAGCCUCUUGAAGAGUACUACCGUAGCAAGGGAAAGCUUAUGGAGUUUGACUUACCUGGAGGCAUCCCUGAGUCUUGGCCAAGGCUGUUAGAAGCUUUAAGGCUUGAUGAUUACGAGGAGAAGCAAUCUGCCGCGGCGUAGUUCAACUACAACUCCGUCAAAGCAAUGCAUCUAAAAACAAAACAUAUAGGAUGAAUGAGGGUUAACAACUGUUCCAUGGUAGAGAAACUAAACUGGUGGAGCUUUGGAUUCUGGUUGCAGAAGCAGCCAGGGUGAUGAAAAAGAGCUUGAUGGUCCAACCAGAUGCAAAAGAAGGUGAGAUCAGUAGGCUUUAGCUUGUUUUAAACACUUUAGUGCAAUCUACAGUUACAAGUAAGUUUGCUGAUAAUAGCAGGAAGGACGAUAAGCAAGAGUAUCGGUGGAAUAAGACAGCAUCGAAGAAGGCAGACAUAAUCAUGUUUGCUCUUUGAUUCAUCUUCAAUCUCAACAGGACAUUAAAAUCAAUUUGUAGCUUUAUUUUGUGAGUAUAUAGAAUUGAUGAAAUAAGCAACCUUUAAAUUAGAAAUAUAAAGAUGAAAAUAUUCUUAAACA